AUGUUAUAUAGGUGUACAGACAAGCCUUGUAAAAAUGGAGGAACGUGCAAUUUAGAGAUUGAAAAACCCACAUGCACCUGUACAGAUGAAUACACGGGUGAUGAUUGCGGCACGAAAAAGGAUAGGUGUACAGACAAGCCUUGUAAAAAUGGAGGAACGUGCAAUUUAGAGACUGAAAAACCCAAAUGCACCUGUACAGAUGAAUACACGGGUGAUGAUUGUGGCACGAAAAAGGAUAGGUGUACAGACAACCCUUGUAAAAAUGGAGGAACGUGCAAUUUAGAGACUGAAAAACCCAAAUGCACCUGUACAGAUGAAUACACGGGUGAUGAUUGCGGCACGAAAAAGGAUAGGUGUACAGACAACCCUUGUAAAAAUGGAGGAACGUGCAAUUUAGAGACUGAAAAACCAAAAUGCACCUGUACAGAUGAAUACACGGGUGAUGAUUGUGGCACGAAAAAAGAUAGAUGCACUGAAAAACCUUGUAAAAAUGGUGGGACAUGUAAUACAGAAGCAGGCAAACCCAUGUGCAGUUGUACAGAUGAAUUUACGGGAGAAUUUUGUGAAGCGAAAAAAGAUAGAUGCCUUGAAACACCUUGUAAAAAUGGUGGGACAUGUAAUAUAGAAGCUGGCAAACCCAUAUGCAGUUGUACAGAUGAAUUUACAGGAGAAUUUUGUGAAACGAAAAAAGGUCCUUGCUCGCCUAACCCAUGCGAACACGAUGGAGUGUGUACGGUUAAAGAAGAAUCUUAUAAGUGUGAGUGCAAGACUGGAUUUUCUGGAGACAAGUGCGAAAAGCAGGAAGAUCCGUGCACACCUAAUCCUUGUCAAAACGAUGGAGUGUGUAAAGUUGAAAAUGCGGUUGCCAAGUGUGAGUGCAAGACUGGAUUUUCAGGAGAAAGAUGCGAAACGCAAGCAGAUGCAUGCAUUCCAAACCCAUGUCUCAAUGGUGGAACAUGCGAGUUAAAGGAAGGAAAACGAAAAUGCACUUGCACUGCUGAGUUUUCUGGUGACAUUUGUGAAACUAAAAUAGAUCCUUGCAGUCCUAAUCCUUGUGUACAUGGGAAAUGCCAAAAAGCUGGUAUAAAUGGAUUUGCUUGCAGUUGCGAAGGGAAGUUCAGAGGAUUUCAUUGCAAUAUUACCAAUGAAGCAGUAGAAGACAUGAGAAAAGCUGGUAGGCACAACACUACUGUUGUAGCAGUUGUGAUGUCUCUGCUAAUUGUAGCAAUAGUCGGUGUCAUGUGCUACGUGUCUAGAAGGAAUGAUGGGUUUCAAUAUAGGAGAGGAUGUUUUGCUGAAACGGUUUUCUUUUGUAACAAAACACCUGAUGAUUCUGUGGAAUUAGGACAUCAAAGAUCGUCUGAUAAUUUCAGGGAGGGAUCAGGGCUGCAACAUUCGGCAGUCAAUCACGGUUAUGGUUCCGCCAUACGUGAAAGCAGAAGCUCAUGAAAAAAAAAGUGUGGACUGUUAGCAUAACAUUUUAGAUGUAGCAUUUACAAGGUGUUGAAAGCUUUUGGGUACAAAAAAGAAACUUAGUUUUAUGCAAACUUAAU